AUGCCUCAAGACCCCAGCGCCGACGAGGCCCUGGCCCGUAUGGGCUACAAGAGCGAACUUCCCCGCAAUCUCAGCAUGCUGAGUAUCCUCGGACUCUCUUUCGCAAUCAUGGCCGCGCCCUACGGUCUCAGUACGACCCUCUACAUCACCCUAACAGAUGGGCAAUCCGUCUCCGUCCUCUGGGGCUGGGUCCUCGUGACCCUAAUCUCAAUCGCAAUCGCCGCGUCCCUCGCGGAGAUCUGCGCCGUCUACCCAACCGCCGGCGGCGUAUACUACUGGAGCGCGAUGUUGUCUACAAAAGAAUGGGCGCCGAUGAUGUCAUUUAUCGACGGGUGGUUGACCCUUGUCGGGAACUGGACGGUGACGCUGAGCAUCACUUUUGGCGGGGCGCAGUUGAUCCUCAGUGCGAUUUCGCUGUGGGAUGAGUCGUUUGUUGCGAAUGAAUGGCAGACCAUUCUCAUGUUUUGGGCGGUGAUUGGGACUUGUGCUCUGAUUAAUGUGUUUUGUGCGAGAUGGUUGGAUCUCAUUAAUAAGGUAUGUAUCUUUUGGACGGCGUCCAGUGUGCUAGUUAUUUUGGUGGUGUUGUUGAGUAUGGCGGAUGAUAGGAGGAAUGGGGAGUUCGUCUUUGGACACUAUGAUGCGAGUGAGAGUGGGUGGCCGUCUGGGUGGGCUUUCUUCGUUGGAUUACUGCAGGCCGCAUAUACCUUGACUGGCUAUGGUAUGGUGGCUGCGAUGAGUGAGGAGGUCCAGAACCCCGAGCGUGAGGUUCCGAAAGCAAUUGUACUAUCUGUUGUAGCUGCUGGUAUCACUGGACUGGCCUACUUGAUUCCAAUCUUGUUUGUGCUGCCGAAUGUCAAGAUGCUUCUUAAUGUCAAGAGUGGACAACCGGUCGGGCUGAUUUUCAAGACCGUGACAGGCUCAGCAGGAGGCGGGUUCGGCCUACUCUUCCUGAUUCUAGGCAUCAUGAUGUUUGCAGGUAUCGGCUCCCUGACGGCGGCUAGCCGAUGCACAUACGCCUUUGCGCGUGAUGGUGCCAUCCCCGGAUUCCGACUGUGGAGGAAAGUCAAUAAGAGACUAGACGUCCCUGUAUGGGCAAUCAUCCUCUCAACAGCAGUCAUAUCCCUGCUCGGUCUGAUCUAUUUUGGCUCAACCGCAGCAUUCAACUCCUUCACAGGCGUUGCCACCAUCUGUCUAUCAACGUCGUACGGGCUCCCGAUUUUCAUCUCCGUGAUCCGUGGCCGAAAAGCAGUCAAGAACUCCGGCUUUUCGCUCGGUCGGUUCGGAUACGCCAUCAACAUCUUGACCAUCCUAUGGAUUUGUUUGGCUGUGGUGUUGUUCUGCAUGCCGGUUUCACUUCCUGUCGAUGCGGCCUCGAUGAACUAUGCGAGCGUGGUGUUUGCAGGCUUCGCGACUAUUAGUGUUACCUGGUACUUUGCGUAUGCGCGGAAACACUUCACUGGCCCGCCGGUCCCUAUGGAUCAGCUUGAGGAUACACCUGGGGUUGUCCCGGGGAAGCCAGCAGUGGACCCGGAGCGGGCGAGUUCUGGGCUGGUCGAGGAAAAACGGUAG